GGGUGGCCCUGGCCGUGGGGGCAGCGGCGGCGGUUGCGCGGUGCUGCUGUGUUCCUCACGGGCGGGUUUCACCCCCUGCCAAGAGCGAGAGGCGGGUGCCGGCUGCUCUCCCCCUGCCCCGGCCCGGCGGCCGCAGCGGCCUUUGCCGACCGCCCUGGCCCUGGCCCUGGCCCUGGCCCUGGCCCUGGCCCUGGCCCUGGCCCUGGCCCUGGCCCUGGCCCGCGAGCGGCUCCCGGAGCUCCGCGCUUUGCCCCGGCUGCGCCCGCUGCCAUGGCGUCGGUGCCCUCCGCCGGCUGCCUCCUGGCCAAGAACCACUACUACAGGACACGGCAAAACUCAGAGUGCAGCGUUUCUUCCAGUUCAUCCUGCUGUUCUGAUCCUGUGACUGUGACAGACCAGGACAAAGCACUUAAUGGGUUACCUGAAUUACUUGAUAAAUGUUGGUGGAUAAAAAGCUUUUUCCAUUGCGAAGCAUCUCCACCAACUGUUGGCAGAAAAACUCUAUCAGCAGGCAGUACCAACAGUUGAAGAAGCAAACUGGCUUUGGUUACUGAGAUACUACGUACAGGCUUGUUUUUCAAGAGGCUUGGGAUCUUCUGGCUGUCUGGGUUCAGGUGCAUGAAGAACACAUACCCCUUUAAGAGGGAGGAAAGUAUAUCCCUUUCAAAGGACUUGUUGGUACCUUACACUACAUUGCUUAAUGGACAUGACCACGGCUUAACUUGUUCACUACAGAAUUGCUAUGAUUUGAAAUGCCUCUAAUGGAAGUUACCUGGAUAAUCCUAAUGACCUACUUGGAUUGUUAGAAAAAAAUCAGUAAAAAGUAAGAUACUGUAAGUUUAGCGGAAACUUGUGUGUGGAAUGACUUUGCAAUAGGUGAUACUGUUCCAUAAGUUUUAAGGCUUAGGAUAGCUCUACAGAUGAUCACACUGAUGUAAACAAGAUCCAAAUGCAGCAGCCCUAGUCUAGACUGUGUGGUACAUGCUUUUACCAUGUAUCUGUGCACCAGUUACAGGGAAUGCAGUUAACAAGAAGGCCUGUUCAUAGCUUUGCUUUUAGGAAGCCCCAUUAUACAAAGAAGCAGUAAUUGGUUUGGUCUUUGUUCUGGCUAGGUGUAGAUCAUAACCUCAAAUACACAGGUACAAUUUUCAUUCCCAUCUAUGCAUGUUAGUAUUUGAGGAUAGAAUAGAAGAGCUGGACAAGAAAUCAAUAAUCCUAAUGGACACUGUUUUCCCAGCAGAAGAGCAAAUUUAAUCAGAGAUGAUAUGCAUAGCUCUCUUUUACUUAAGACUACUCUCACCUGCUUUGCUGCAGCUUAAAGAGCCACUUGUUCAAGUGACUAAUCCUAUUGGUAUUCACUGCUUCUAUCAGGUGUUCAAGCUGGCUUUGAGUUCAACUCAAAGUAAUAACAUUAAUGUUAUUAAUCAAAUUCACUUCUGUCAUGAUUAUCUCACUUAAAAUACCCUAACAUAUAUUCAUUUGGUCUUUAACACUGCACAUCAGUACAUCACAGCUGCACCAUACCUUAUUCUACUGGGUGGGUAUGAGUAAAAUGCACUAGAGUAGAAGAAAAUAAGUAUUUGGCUAGAUGCCUCUUCUCCUAUAUCCUUCUCUAUGCAACUUAUUUAGUGACAGCAACUCAUUGUAUUUGACCCUUUGCUCGUCACUGGAAUAAGUAACAAUAACAAACCUUAAUAUGUAAUACUUUUUUUGUUAGAUUAAUAGCUGUUGCAAUUAUGCAUAGAACUCUAGAAAGCACUGCAAGUGACUGCCUCAAAGUUCAUAGUCUUGUUAGAGAUAAUAAAUGUAUGGCACAUGAAAACAAGAGAACACAACAUCUGGAAAGAUGCACUGUUUCAGGAAUCUUUAAAUUGCCUUGUUAAAUAUCUUUUUACUUUAUUGCUACUGUACAGUUUGAUCUUUGUCCUUUCUAAAGAAUGACCUACUUUUUUAUACUAAGUUUUUUAUAUUAAUAAAGACUUGAUUGGUAUUUGA